CCUCUCCUCUCUCUCCCUCUCUCCUCUCUCCCUCCCUCUCUCUCCCUCUCUCAGAGCAGCUGGAUCUACUCCUACUCCAUCCUGUUUCGUAUGCUGAUGCCGUGUGAGACGGGCGUUCAGACCAUGGUGUACUGCACCGUGUCGGACGAGGCCGCCAAGCACAGCGGGGGAUACUUCACUGACUGCCGGCUCGUCAGUGCAGUAGGCCACAUACAACAAAAUGUUUCAAUACUCCAAGAAACAGCUGGUAUCCACAGAGAGACAGAUCAGAGGGGAGUUUGAGAAGCUUCACCAGUUCCUGAGAGAGGAAGAGGAGGCCAGACUGGCAGCACUGAGGAAGGAAGAGGAGGAGAAGGGGAAGACGAUUGCCAGAGAGAUGAAGAACAUUCAGGACCAGAUCUCUUCUCUCACAGAAAGCAUCACUGCUGUGAAACAAGAAUUCCAGAAACGAGAGGUGUCAUUUCUCAAGAGCUACAAACACACCCAGACAUUCUCCAGAGCCCAGUACACACUGCCGGAUCCACAGCUGGUCUCAGGAGCACUGAUAGAUGUGGCCAAAUACCUGAGCAACCUGCAGUUCAGAGUCUGGGAGAAUAUGCAGGGGAUUGUCAAAUACACUCCUGUGAUUCUGGACCCCAACACUGCUUCCCGCUGGCUCUCUCUGUCUGAUGAUCUGACCAGUGUGAGACAUUUAGGCAAAAGGCAGCAGCUCCCUGACAACCCAGAGAGGAACACCAUUUGCAUCACAGGUCUGGGCUCUGAGGGGUUCAGCUCAGGAAAGCUCAGCUGGGAGGUGGAGGUGGAGGACCACCCUCACUGGUAUAUAGGUGUGGCCAAGGAGUCGAUCAAAAGGCAGGAGGAAGUACAAUAUUUUAACCCAGAGUUUGGAGUCUGGUCUUUAAAGCUGAACAGUGGUCAGUAUAAAAAAGGAAUAGGUGGGACCCUCACUCUGAAGAGGAGACCCCAGAGGAUCAGAGUACAGCUGGACUAUGACAGGGGAGAGGUGUCCUUCUACGAUACCAAAGACAUGACACACAUCUAUACUUUCAGAGAUACAUUUACUGAGAGACUCUACCCAUUCUUCUCUAAUGGAAAGGUUGGUGAUGAUGGCAACACUGGUAUAUAGAUCUGCCAAUCAAUGGUGUCUCUAACAGAAAAGUCAUCUCAGUGAGCUGUGUGUGUGUGUG